UUUUCGGACUAUCUCUUUCAACUUUACAGCAUAAACGUCCGCCUAGGCGAGUACGACACCCGGUACGACAUAGAUUGUGUGAACGCCGACUGCGCCCAGCCUCUGCAAGUGAUUCCCAUAGAAAGCAUCCUCGUGCACCCUUCGUACAGCUCCUUCACUAGAAAAAACGACAUUGCUCUUAUAAGAUUAGCCAGACCUGCCAUCUAUAACGAGUUCGUCCGUCCAAUUUGCUUGACGAAUUCCGACGUUUUGCGAAGCGUGAAUGAAGGAGUUAAACUCAUCACUGCAGGAUGGGGCAGGUGGAAUCGGACAAACAAUAGUCCCAUCAAACAAAAAGUUACAUUGCCGCUCGUCAGCAUUGAGGUAGGUGUAUAACAGAUAAUAACAGAGUUCAAAAUUAUACGUUUCGCAAAGGUUGACGGCACUUACAAAUACAGUUGUACCUAAUUUUUAAUAAUUAAUAGUAUUUCAAUCUACGAGCAG